AUAGAAUUCCAUUUUCAAGUAGGACUACAAACCUGACAUCAAAUGUCAAAUGACCCAGUCAAAGUAAAACAUAAAACAAACUGAUAAUUUGUGGUAAAACUUGAAAUUUAACAGAUGGUCUCUAUCCAGUCUGACUAAAGCAUUCUCAGCCUGUAGAUGCGUGUCAGAGACACAUACCUCAAGACAUACAGCUGUUGCUACAGUGGAAAUACGUGUAUACAUAAUACUAAUACAUAAUACUGUAUACAUAAAACUGCCACAAAUUUCAGACCAUUGUUCGCAAAAGGUAUCAUUUUCAUACAAUUAUGCCAAUAAGAAGGUUUUAGAUUUCUUAGAAGCAUUACCGCGGCAUGCCAGGGAAGGGCACUGCAUUUCUACCUCAACCUCGCAUGAAUCCCGUAUGUGUCAUCCUGACAGAUAAAUGUAGUGCCGUGAUAUUAAAUGUCACAAAUGGCUGCCGCUUAUUGGCUGUUCUGAUAUGUAAGGUGAAACACGACAUCGCGACUAGGACGUGUAUAUUCACUUGCGGGCCAAAGCUCAUUUGUGUAUUCGUCAAAUUUCUGACUGACAUGCAUUUGGCAAGCACUAAAAAAAAGAGGCUGGCUGAAGCACAAGCGCUCCCUUCUCCAAGCACUGAAACACUGAGCUCCGACUCCUGCAACAGAACAAGCCGCUCCACGUUUUAGCGGCCUCCCUCCGCCGCAGUGGGAGAGGAAGUCGAGCCGAGAGUCAAGCGGAGACGCUACCGUGUUAGCAAAAAACCCUACAGAAAUAUACAGCGAGGAGGGUUUUCGAGCAAACAUGUGCCACAUUUUUGCUGGGAAACGAUACGCUUGACUGAACGGAGCGGGCUCUAUCGACUGGCAUACGUCGCCGAGACAGCCAAGGGACAGCGUCAGUGCUCCUCACAGGCAGCUUGAGAGAGAGGGCUCCCCUAUCACGGACAGCCUGGUAGGCAGGAACCGCUCGGCUCUGGCUGGCUGGCGCGGAAAACGACGACCUGCUCGACUCUGCUGAUUUUUCUUAGUAUUUCCAACUCCCUGUGUGAGAAGACCUCGAAAACAGUGGCACACCCAUCGUGUUCCUUCAAUUUUGGCGUGGGAAUAUAUAACAGUCUCCCCAACAAUCAUCGUCUUAACUGUUAAUAACCUCGACUCCCAGUUCUGUGAAACCACCACUGGACAACCGAGCUGCUCUCCAUCUCUCCGCGCUCCCUCCCUCCUCUGCUACCGUCACAGUGUGCAGCUCCGUGCUGGGUCUCCUCCCCAUGCUCCGGAUAACUCAACGAGAAGCCAUGGACUAUAUUUGUCAUCUUUACUGAUAUUUUUCUCCUCAAGUUCCUGGGCUGUUUCUCGGAAGCGCAGCGAGACUUCCCCAAUAACAAGGAGACGGAAGCAAGAACACCCGCAGCCGUUAGCUUUUUAGGUAAACUACUGCACGGUGUCGGAACUGCGCCGCUGUUAAUCAACCAGCUUGUAAUAACCGUGUUGACAAGUGGCUUUACGGGCUUUUUAAUGCAGCUGUCGAAACUGCUCGCUCAAUGGUAAUUUAGCCUUCUGGCUAGCGGGUUUCAUUUUUGCUAGCUAGCGUGUUGGGCUAGCUAGCAGGCGAACCCGAAUAUCGACACCAGCAGGAGGCUACAGCAGGUUAGCUCCACGACGCGUGGAUUUGGCUUGUGAUUAGUUAAUCACGCCGUGCCCGCUCUGGAUUUGGAACUAAAGCGUUCAAGGUGUUUAUCCGCGUCUUUUCCAACGGUAUUUUCGGCGUGAUUGCUGCGCCCCGCACGGAGCACUUCGGCUGCAACAGGAAGCCGAGCGAAAAAAGGACGGAGCAGAAAAGGAAAAACAAAUAGCCACACAGACAGCGGAGAGUGGGAUUGAACGGAGAUCAUUAUUAUGAAUGCUGCUUGUUUUUCAUCUUCUGAUCGCACGGACUUAAAGGUGCCAAAACUUGCUUAAAGGAUUCUAAUAUUUGGAGACGAGGACAACGGAUCGCCACAUUUAACUUGCCCUGGAGGGUCUUUUUCAGGUCUUUUCAGUAAAUCCAUCCCCCCGCCCCUUCCCUAAAUGUGAUGGUUCGAGCAUAACGAGCCACACGUGUUCCUGUUUGUUUGCUGUAACGCAGACCCUCUGGUGUUAUCGAGGCCACGAAAGCAAUCGGGAGUUACAUCUCACGUUCGGACUGCAGACUCCGCCUGCCAUUUCUCUAAAAUUGGACCCCCCACCCCCUAUCCCCUCCUUUCUGCACAUUUGUUUACAUUUGAAGGGAAAGUCCCGAAUCGAAACCCCAUGUGGAACUGGAGACAAACCGAUCGUUUGGGCAAAUUUUUUCAGGAAGGAAGUCCCGAGAGACGUGCAGAAUUUGACAGCUGUCCACUAAGGCUGCAUAUCACGGCAGCCCUGUGAAGCGAGGAAGCGCUGACACCAAAACGAGCCCGUUCCUGCUUAUUUUAGCACCUUUCCUCCCGGCGCUCAUACGGCGCAAUCCGGCUGCAGUUUUGCGCCAAAUGGGAUUGCAAGGACGGCGAUCGAGCUGAUCCACGGACUACUUAUUAAUUAAUUUUUUUAUCCGAUCACAGCCCACCUUAAUAUCCCCCCCCCACCCCCCAUGAAUUUCCUUUUUAUGUCUUAAUGAUGAUGGUGGCUUGAGGUUAGCAGCCGCAGACAUCUACACGAUUCCGCUUCCUCCGGACCCCCUCCCCUUUACCGGCCCCCCCUGUCAUCGCACCUUGGCCCUUGAUGGUGGUCCUCUCCGCUGGAGGAAACGGUUCUUUUAAUUCUCUGAAUAGUUAAAAAAAAAAAAAAAAAUGCACCACAGGAAGCCUGCUGUUUUUAUUAAUUUGCUUCCCUAAAGGGUCGAAAAAUGGCGGACCUCGAAGCGGUACUCGCCGAUGUCAGCUAUUUGAUGGCGAUGGAGAAGAGCAAGUCUACUCCUGCCGCCCGUGCCAGUAAGAAAAUCAUCCUCCCUGAGCCCAGUAUUCGCAGUGUAAUGCAGAAGUACCUGGAGGAAAGGGAUGAACUCACUUUUGACAAAAUUUUCAACCAGAAAAUUGGCUUCCUGCUGUUUAAAGAUUUCUGUAUGAACGAGAUCGACGAGGCUGUGCCUCAGCUCAAGUUCUACGAAGAAAUCAAGGAGUACGAGAAGCUGGACUCUGAGGACGAGCGUCUGAGCCGCAGCCGGCAGAUUUAUGACGUCAACAUCAUGAAGGAGCUGCUGUCCUGUUCACAUCCAUUUUCCAAGAAGGCAGUGGACCAUGUGCAGAGUCAUCUGGCAAAGAAAAUGGUCCCCCCAACUCUCUUCCAGCCAUACAUAGUGGAGAUCUGUGACAGCUUGAGAGGGAACAUCUUCCAGAAGUUCAUUGAAAGUGACAAGUUCACUCGGUUUUGCCAGUGGAAGAACGUGGAACUCAACAUCCAUCUGACCAUGAACGACUUCAGCGUGCAUCGGAUCAUCGGCAGGGGCGGCUUCGGGGAGGUGUACGGCUGCAGAAAGGCCGACACGGGGAAGAUGUACGCCAUGAAGUGCUUGGACAAGAAGAGGAUCAAAAUGAAGCAGGGCGAGACUUUGGCGCUCAACGAGAGAAUCAUGCUGUCGCUAGUCAGCACAGGGGACUGCCCGUUCAUCGUGUGUAUGACGUACGCCUUCCACACCCCCGACAAGCUCUGCUUCAUCCUGGACCUCAUGAACGGGGGCGACCUGCACUACCACCUCUCCCAGCACGGUGUGUUUAGUGAGAAAGAGAUGCGGUUCUAUGCUGCUGAAAUCAUCCUGGGCCUGGAGCACAUGCACAACCGCUUCGUCGUCUACAGAGACCUCAAGCCGGCCAACAUCCUUUUGGACGAACACGGCCACGUUCGGAUCUCAGACCUCGGCCUGGCCUGCGACUUCUCCAAGAAGAAGCCCCACGCUAGCGUUGGGACUCAUGGCUACAUGGCUCCAGAGGUCCUUCAGAAGGGAACGGCGUACGACAGCAGUGCAGACUGGUUCUCUUUAGGCUGCAUGCUCUUCAAACUCCUCAGAGGGCACAGCCCCUUCAGACAGCACAAGACCAAAGACAAACAUGAGAUAGACCGCAUGACGCUGACCAUGGUAAGCUGCAGAUAUCCCCUCAUUACACAGUAGACCUCCUCUGUGUAA